CAGUUUUCUUCAAUAACAAAGAUGGCGCUUCUAGCAAUUUGAUGAAACGUGUCUUUUCUCUUCUUUUAGUUGAUUUACCGUUUUGAAUAAAUUUGAUUGGCAUCCAAGAUUAAAUACAGGAGAGAAAGAUUAGAGAGAUGUGGAAACAAUUCACAGGUGUAACUCAGAAAGUCCAAGAAAAACUUGGAGAAAUGCUUGUAGAAGAACCCUCAGCUGCUAACCCUGAUGAGGAAGCAGAAAUUGAAGCUGCAGAUCUAAAAUCUCAAUAUGGAGAGCAGAAAAAACUCGUUUCUCAGUUAAAGGAUAUGAUUCGAGAAAAAGAUGAAAUUUACCAGAAGAAAGAAAGAGAAUUUAAAGAGUUAAAUGCUGCUUUUUCAAAACAUAAACUCCAAACCAAAUCCAAGAUUGCUGGACUCAAUGCACAGUUGGAAGAGUCUAGACGCCACCCUUUAGAUUCCUUGGAAACGGCAUCUGUGAUGUCUGAUGAGAGCUGCAUGUCCGAAGCAUCAAGCAUUCAAUCUACCUCGAAUGAGCAGGCAACCAGGGCCAAGAUAAAAAUGUAUAAACAUGAAGUUGACAAACUUCGAAAAGCUCUUAAAAAGACUGAAGAUAUGUUGAAAAAGAAGGAUAAUAUCUUGAAAGAAAUGUCAGAUAAAUAUGAUGAAAUAGCUGCAGCGCGAGCUUCUGGACAAGUAGAUAUGGCUCAAGUUGACGAUAUAGUCGCUCAAGCAGCGAAUAAGGACCAAAGAAUAAUUGAAUUGAGUGAUAAAAUAGAAGAAAACGAAAGAAGGAUUCUGGAUUUACAAGAACUAGUCACUGAAAAGAAUCAAGUAAUUUGGAGUCGUACUGAAGCAAUAAAACUCUUACAAAAAAAUAGCGGAUUAUCUGAAGACACUUUGAGAUCGUUAAUUAGUGAGAAAGAUAGUGAAGUUGAAACUUUAAGAGAAACGUUAAAAGCUCGUCAAGUAGAAAUUGAAAAAAGGGAAACUGAUCUAAAAAAUGUAAUGGAGCGUCAUGAAAAAGUUAUAUCAGAAUUAUGUUCAUCUCAGAGUAUAGACUUGGAAGGUCAGGUUAUAAAAUCGCUUCAAAGCAGAGUAGACGAUAGUAAUAUGUUAUUGAAUAACAAAACACUCGAAAUAGAUCAACUUCGAUUAAUUAUAAGAGAAAAUGACACUAAUUUAAAUAUUUUACAAGACGAAAAGACAGAUUUAAGUAAUAAAAUUGGUGAAUUAAGCUUCAGUUACGAACAAAAACUUAAGGACUUAAACGAAACAGUUGAAAAUUUAAAUUCACAAAUUCAACAGGGAGUUUUAGAAUCCGAAACUAAGUAUAUAGACUAUGAUAAAGAAAUAAUGAACUUGAAAAAACAAUUGGCUGAAAGUACGGGUAAACAAGAUACAAAAGCUAUGAAAUUUAAAGCUCAAGCUACAAAGAAGAUAAAAGUUUUAGAAGCAAAAUUAUUGGAGAAGGAGCAAGCUUUAGAAUCAUUAAAUAUAGAAGAUUUGCAGAAUCGUAUUGCUGAAUUAGAGGAGGAAAAAGGUGCACUUCAAUUGAAAUUGAUAAAUUACGAUGAAGUAGUUUUACAAAGAGAUUCACUAUUGAAAGAUCUCGAAGAAAGUAGUAAAUCUCAAGGUGCUGAAACUGAUCAGGAACAUUUAAAAUUAACUGAUGAAUUAAAAGAGAAUAUUGAAGAAAAAAUAAAUAAAAUUGUAUCAUUGGAAGAAUUUAUUGAAAAUCAAAAAGAGUCUAUUUCUGAAAUUGAAAAACAAAUGGAAACAGCAAUAUUAAAUAGAGAUGAAGAAAUUAAGAAAUCUAACGAGUUGAGAAAUGUUAACAGUCAACUACAGGCCCGUAUAAUUGAAAUGGAGAGCUCAUUAUUAGAUCAAACUAAGAAAUUGGAUGAAACAUAUGAAAUGAAUAGUCGAAAAAAUGAAGAAACUGAACAGAUAUCUAUACAUAUUGCAAAAUUAGAAAAGAAUAAUAAUGAAUUAAUUAAAAAGUUAGAAGAAUCUGAAAAUAAGUUAAUUGAAUUCGAAAAGAGUGCUGUUGAUAAUCGUAAUCAAUAUGACAAGGAUAUUCAAGACCAUUCUACUACAAUACAGGAAUUGGAAAUUAAAAUUAAUGAACUGAGGGAUGAAAAGGAUAACCAAAUAUUGAAAUUAAACGAUCAAUGUGAAAAAUUAACUGAAAGAUUAUCUGCUAAAGAUGAUGAACUAGCUACUAGUGCCAACGAUAAGGAUCAAUUUACGGAAGAGCGGGAUAAAUUUAUACAAGAAUUGCAAAUCAAGACUGAAGAAUUGACCAAAUAUAAAACAGAUAGUGAAACUUCAAAAGUUUUGAUAAAUCAAUUAGAAGAUCAAUUAAAAACGGCAAAUUUAGAAAUGAAUGAUGUGAAAGAAACCCUCAAGAGAGAUAUAGAUUCCUAUGAAGAAACUGUAAACUCAUUAAAGGCAGCUUUAACUGAAAAGGAGGAACGUUUAAUGGAUUCUAAUGAUAGCUUAACAAGGUGUUCAAAGGAGUUAAAAUCGUGCUCAGAGGAUGUAAUGUCGGUUAGAAGGACUCUAAACGACAAAGAUAUACAAAUAGGCCGUUUAGUUGAACAGAUAAACCAUUUACGUAGUGAGCACGAUCAUCUAACAGAUUCUUCAGUAAAGAAGGACGAAAAAAUUAAAUCACUUUUUGAAAACGUUACAGAAAUGAACGAGCAAUUAGAGCAAUUACAAGGAGAAUUAGGAAAGAAUCAACUCGAACUCUCCAACAUUCAAGGCGAAGCAAACAAUAGCAAAAGCCAUUUGGAGAAUACUAUAAUUGAUUUGCGCAGUCAAAUAGAAAUUUAUUUAAGAGAAAAAGAUGAGCUUGCUGAAGAAAAUAAAAAAAUAGCUGAACGUUCAUUAUGUCUUGAAAAAGAUAUAACACAAAAAACAGAUGAAUAUAAUACACUUAAAGAGACUUUUGAAAGAUUGUCUACCGAUCAUUCGCAAAUAAAUAUUGAAAAUGAAAGCAGGAAGGAGCAAAUAGAUUCAUUAAAUUGUUCAUUAAGUGAAAAGAAUGAUGCUUUUGAAAAAAUUCAACAUGAGCUAUCUGAAAAAGAAAAUUAUUUAGAGAGUUUGACAUUAAAUCUUAAUCAAUCAAUGGAAGAUUUACAAAGCGAAAAGAAUAGUCAACACGAGAAAAUAGAAGAAUUAAGUAGGAAAUUGGAAGAAAGUGAAAAACAAUCAAUAGAUAAACUACAUUCAAUUGAAUGUCAAUUACAAGAGGUAAACAGCUUCAAUUCUCAACUUGAAAACCUUUUAGAAGUAGAGAGGAACUCAAAGAAACAGCUCCAGGACGAAUAUAAUCAAAGAAUUCAAGAAAAUGAAAGGGUGCUGCUGGAAAAAACUGAAGAGAUCGAAAAGAAUCGCACUGAAAUGGAAAUAUUCAAUGAAAAUUUGAAAUCUCUCCAAUCUGAAUUAACAGAAAACAAAGAUAAGGUAAACGAACUUUCGGAGUUAAAAGAGAAACAGAAAUUAUCCCUUUGUGAAUUGUCCAAAAAUAUUGAAGAUUAUAAAUUCGAAACCCAAUCUUUAAAUAAUCACAUAAAUCAAUUGAAUAAGGAAAUUAAAGACAAUGAAGCAGCGCUACUUAGUCAAAAGAACGAAUUAAUUUCCAAAAAUGAGCUGCUAUCUUCAUCCAGUUCGGAGCUGGAAAAACAAUUAGGUGCUCUGUCUACUCAAAAUCAUGAAUUUUCUAAUAAGAUUCGCGAGCUAGAUGACAAUUUGAAGGACACGAUGGAGGAGAAACAGAAUUUAUUAUCUGAUUUGGAAAGUCUAAGAGAAGAAUUAUCUACUCUGAAAUCAUUAAACGAAUCUUUGGAAAAAGCUUCAACUCUUGCCAUAUCUGAAAGGGAACAAAAUAUUUUAGCAUCACAAAAUCUUUCUAGCGAAUACGAGGCACAAUUGUCAGAAUAUACACAAAAUAUAACUGAUUUAAAGGAUAUUUUGAAUAAUAAAAAUGAAGAAAUAAAUAAGUUGAUGAAAACUUUAGAAGAGUUUUUCAUCCUUUUCUGUACAGAAGAAGGCAUGAGUGAUGACUUCGACAUAUCUGUAAAACUGUCACAUAGCGAAGCAGGAAGCGAUAACUUGGAAAAAAUAAUAGAAUUUGCCAAAGCGGAAAAAGAAAAAACGAGCAUGUCUCACCAGGAUUCAAAGCAGCUAAUUCUUGAUCUUGAUAGAGAAAAGAAUGAACUAAAAAAUGCUCUUGAAGACAAAGAGAAAGAAGUACUAAUAUUUAAAGAAAAAUUAGGAGUAAUUGGAAUCCAACAAGAAGAAAAUCUGAAAGACAAAGAAAAGAGAAUUGAAGAAUUACACGAACAGCUUAAUCAAUUGGAAGUUGAAAAUCACAAUUCACAGCAAUUAAUCGCUAGUAAAGAAAACGAUAUUAGUGGUAUAAAACAAUAUUUCGAAGAAAAGCUGAAAUACUAUGAAAAGCAAAUAAACGACAACGAAAGAGAAAAUAAAGAAUUAGGUAUUAAAAAUGAAGAACUUAACAGUAAAGCAUUUACAUUUGAAAGGCAAAUUUCUAGGGAGAAGGAAAAUUCCAACUCUCUAAAUGAACAAAUAAACUCUCUGGAGGAGGACAAAAUAAAAUUACAAGAAGAAAUUAUACAAUUACUCAAUAAGAACGAUAAUUUGGAAAAAAUUAAGUUUGAUAGCGAGAUUAAACUGAACGAACAACUAGAAAUGAUAACGAAUUUAAGCGAUCAAAGGGAUGCAGUUCAAGUACAACUAAAUAAAUAUCAAUUGGCUACUGUCGAAAUAGAAGAAAAACUCUCAGCAACUAUGAGCGAAAACGAUUCCCUGCAACAAUCGGUAAACGAGCUAAAUGAGAAAAUAGCGACGCUUAAUUCUGAUUUAAAAAAGAGUAAAGAUGAGAAGGAGCAAAUUCAAGCUUCUAUCAUGAAUACAGAAACUAAAUAUACUAAUUUAGAAUUACAAUAUAAAGAGUUAAUGGAAGCUGGACGAGAGGGCGAACAGCAUCUCUCUGAUGCAAUAGAUAAGUCUGAAGAGCGAUACAAGCUCCUUCAGAUAGAAUUAAAUGAGAAGGAGACUUUAUUAAAACAGAAAGAAAAUGAAAUAAAAGAUAAUUUAAAAGUUAUUGAUCAAAAAGAGAAACAAGGGAAGAAGGCUGCAAUGCUGGCGAAAAAGCUAAAGGUAGAUUUGAAAGCUAAAGCGGAAGCGGAAGAGAAAUUAACAAAAGAAUUAGAAUCUAUAAAUCAAGUUUGUACGGAAAAGGAGUCUGAAAUAAAUAGAUUAAAUGAGAAUUUAAAAAAGAUAAUGGUAGAAGAGGAAAUGACUAAAUCCAUAAUUAGUGAGAAAGAACAAUUAAUAACGAAUUUACAUCAGAAAUUACAAGAUGAUUUACGCGAGAAAGAUGAUCAAUUAAAAAUAUAUUAUACCACUAACGAACAAUCAAUGAUCAAAAUCGAAGAAUUGUCCCAAAUAGUUAAUGAUCAUAAAAACUCCAUAUUGAGUCGUGAUGAAAUAAUUGCGGAAUUAAAUAUGAAUAUAACACAAUUACAAGCUAUAUCUGCUGAAAAUGUCGACUUGAAGAGGCAGUUAGAAGAAAAAUCUCUAUUAUUAUCUCGGUUGGAGCAAGAAGUAACUGAAAGUAGCUCAUCACUCCGAACAAAAACUGAUGAAUUAGAGAAUCUUUAUCGAUCUUAUCAGUCAAUUUGUGAAUCUAAAAGUCAGCUAGAUUUAGAUUAUCAACAGCUACAAACAAGAGGUAACAGUGAAAUAUCAAACGUAAUCGAAGAAUAUAGAAAUAAAAUGGAGGAAUUAAGAAUGAUAAAUGUCAACAAUGACACAAGGUUUCAUGAAGAAUUAAAGAAAACAACGGAAGAAAGAGAUCUAUUGCAAUUACAAGCUACAGAGUUGUCAAAUGCUAUACAAAAAACCCAAGAUGAAUUUGAAGUUGUCGUGAAUGAGAAAACGAAUCUUAUUGGAAAAUUAGAGCACGACUUGAAUGAAUCUAAUAAAAAGGGAGAAAAGAUAAUAAUCGAAAUGGAGCAAUUAGAAAAGAAAGUCUGCGAAUUAGAAAGUGAAAGAUGCACUCUUACGGAAAAGCUUCAGACAUGGCAAGAUAAAACGAUUAUUGAUGGCAAAGAAAUUAGUGGUUUACAAGAUUUGAAUGAGGACCUUUCAAAGAGAUGCGAAUCUCUUUUGAGUGAAUAUCAAUUACUAUUAACUGAAAAGAGUUGUCUAGCUAAAAGAAUUGAUGAUUUAACUCACGAUAAGAAUCAGCAUGAAUCUGAUUCAGAUAAUAAGAUUAAGGAACUACAAAGUAAUGUUUCAAAAUUGAAUGAUGAUGUUGAAAAGUAUCAAAUUGAGUUAGAUAAAAUGACUGCUGAAAGAGAUUCGAUGGAAGAGAUUUCAAACAGAUACGAAUCUUUGCUAAAUGUUAACGGUGAGUUGACAUCUGUUAAUGAAGACUUAAACAAGGUAAUUGAAGACCUAAAAGCGAAGAUCAAUAAUCAAGAAAAGGAAGCUGAUGAUAAAAUUCAAGAGUUACAAGAUAAAAUUAUAACAUUAAGUAAAGACUUAGAAAAUAGUAAAAUUGAAUCGGAAAACUCAAAUGAAGAAAGGAUGGCAUUGCUUUUAAAUGAAAAUCACGAACUGUUGUCAAAGAAUGACGAUCUUCAAAAAGUUAUUUCAGAUUUAAACGCCGGAAUGUCUCAACAGACUCUGGAAAACAAAAAUAAAUUAAAAGAACAACAAAAAGAAAUUAUUAAACUAAACGAAGAUCUUGAAUGUAAUAGAGCACAAUUGGAAAUGGUAAAUACUGAAAAAAUAAAUAUCGACGCUCAAUUAGCAACCGCAUUGUCUGAAUUAAAUCACUUGAAAAAGAUUAAUACAGAAGAAUUGCAGAAGCAAAGUAAUGAUAACAAAAGUAAAUUAGAAAUAGCUGAAAGUAAAUGCGACAGGAUGCUUAUCAAACUGAAGGCCAUGAAGGAUAGAAAUGAAUUAUUACAAAAUGAAAUUGAAGCAAAUAAACCUAUUAUUGCCCAAGUGAAUAAUCUCAAACAGGAAUUAAUAAACGUUAAGGAAGAGUAUAAUCAAGAACAAGAAGUUUUUCGAGGUACUAUUGAAGAACUUGAACUUCAGCUUUUCACUACAAGAUCGGAAUAUGAAAGGCAGCAAGAAGAAUUUUCAAAUAAAACACAUGUGACAGAAAACGAAAUAAAAGAGAAGAAAGAGUUAGAGAAUAGAUUAAAGGAGACUGAAUGUAAUUUACAAGAAUUGCGACAAGAAAUAGAUAAACAAAGUGCUCAACAACAAAACGAAAGGGACAACUUAAUAAAGGAGAUCGAAAAAAGAGCAUCAGAAGUAACAAAUAUCAAAUUAGAAUACGAACAACAAGUUCUCAAUUUGGAAGACGAGUGCGAUGAUUAUAAGAAUACUUUAUUUGAUACAGAAACUGAAUUAACUGAAAUGAAAUCUAAAUAUUCAGAGAAUGAAACUGAAAUAAUAGAACUAUCUACUCAAGUUGAAGAUCUAAGAAAUGCUAUUGAACUACUCAAACAAGAAAAUGACGUUCUUUCUCAUAACUCGGAACAUAUUAAAGCAGAUUUAAAUCGCUCUAUUAUAGAAAAAGACGACUUGCAACGUCAAAUUGACGAAUCUGAAGUAGCUCAUAAAGAAAUAAACUCCCUAAGGCAAGAACUUUUACGAUUCCAAUCUUCAAAUAACUCUCUACAAAGUAAGUUAGUAGAGCUUGAGGAUAAAAAUGGAAGAAUUGAAGAUGAAUUUAAUAGAUUAAAACCCGCACAUGAAAAAAGUUUAGAGGACAACAAUCGACUCAUUCGUCAAAUAAAUGACUUAUUUGAUAAAAUCAAAUUUUCCGAGGAGAAUAGAGAAGGUGAACUAAAGAAUGUCAUUGAUAAAUAUGGUAUGGAUUUAGACGAGAAAGAAACAGAUUUAGAACGUUUAAACGUCGAGCUUAGCAAGGCUCAGAAAAGGGAAGAGGAAGCUUAUAAGAAUUCAGAAAUGUUAAAUAAUCAACUAGAGCAAACUUUUGAAGCUUUAAAAAAUAGGGAUGAUCUCAUCUGUCAGUUAAAAUCUCAGAUUAAAAGCCUUCAAGCAGAAGAAUCUGAUAAGGUCCGGAAGCAUACCGACAAUGUAAGACCCGUAAGUGCUUUUUCGACGAUGCAAUCACCUUCGAGUCCCAUUGAAGAAGAAAUAGAAUUGGCACCUUUUUCUGAUUUUGCUAAUGUACACGUUGAUCUGCGAAAAACUAAUGAAGAAAAGGAACGGUUAGCAGAAUCAUUAGCUAAUGAAAAAGAGAUACGGGAACAAUUAGAAGAAAGACUUAAUAUAGCUAAUCUUGAAUUAAGAAUGAGAGAGAGAGAAGCUGAACGACCUCCAACUGUUACUGGCGCAACAGCAAUAGAUAUACCUGAAGAUUUAAAUAGCCAGGAAAGUGAAGAAAAGCAUUUAAUACCAAAAGUUGGCUUAACACGAACAGUACGAAAAUCUCUCUUAAACGCCGAACGCCUGGUUACUUGUCGGAAAGGUUGGCGCCGAUUGUUAUCGCCUGCUAAUAUAAUGAAAGUUUCAAUUGUGAUAUAUUUACUUUUGUUACACAUCUACGCUCUGAUGGGUUGCUCGUUUUAAAAAAAACCGUUUAUUUUUCGGACUGAAACAUUUGUUCCUCUUCUUCGUCAUCUUGUUUAGUUUUUCUUUAUACCAAAAAAAAAACAAAGGAUACAAAUAAAUUCUACUUUUUUUUUUUGGGAAAAAAAACAAUGCUAAAUGUUCUUUUGCUAGAAGAAAAAGACGCAUUUGUUACUAAUUUAUUAACAUCUGUGAUAAUUUGAUAAUAACCAAAAAAUAAUGAUGAAUAAUUUAUUACUUUAUUGUUAUUGACAUUAUUAUUUUUAUUAUUAUUAUCAUUAAUGGG